CAUUGUGUAAUAACAGGAUACAAGCUGUUUUGAGGAAUGUGACUAGAAUGUAAACAGUGCUCUGGUGGUAACGUUAGCUAAGGGUUGUUGUAAACAGUAUGUGUAGCUAUCUUUGAUAUUGUCGCUUCACGAUAGAUUUUCUCGAGCUGUGAUGACACUUUAUUACUGAUUACUUAUUCGCCGUCUCCUGCUCCCUCCUGUCGAUUGAUUGCAUACAUGAUUCAUAUGCUGUCAAUAUGACCAAAGAUAUUAUUCUUGGAGAUGAAUUACCAGACUGGGUGGGAGCCAAGGAGUUUUACCAGAAAUAUGACCCUAAAGAGGUGAUUGGCAGGGGUGUGAGCAGUGUGGUGCGCAGGUGUAUGCACAGACAUGGGGGUCAGGAGCUGGCGGUGAAGAUUAUUGAGAUCACAGCGGAGAAGAUGACAGUCCAGCAGCUGGAAGAGGUGAAAACUUCUACGCUGAAGGAGAUUCAUGUCCUCAACAUGGUGAAAGGACACUCCUCAAUCAUCACUCUCAUUGAUUCCUAUGAAUCCACAACCUUCAUAUUUUUGGUGUUUGACCUCAUGAGGCGAGGAGAACUGUUUGACUACCUCACAGAAAAAGUUACUUUGAGCGAGAAGGAAACCAGGAGUAUGAUGCGAGCCCUGCUGGAGGCCGUGCAGUACCUCCACUCCCUCAACAUCGUCCACCGGGACUUAAAACCUGAGAACAUCCUCCUGGAUGAUCAGGGACACAUCAAACUGUCUGACUUUGGUUUCUCAGUGCAGCUACAACCAGGAGAGAAGCUUAGAGAACUUUGCGGGACGCCUGGUUAUUUGGCCCCUGAAAUACUGAAAUGUUCGAUGGAUGAAAUGCACGCAGGCUAUGGCCAAGAGGUCGACCUCUGGGCGUGUGGCGUGAUCCUUUUCACCUUACUGGCCGGCUCGCCACCCUUCUGGCAUCGCAAGCAGAUGCUAAUGCUGAGGAUGAUCAUGGAGGGUCGCUAUCAGUUCGGCUCCCCCGAGUGGGAUGACAGGUCUGACACUGUGAAAGAUCUGAUAUCCAGACUCCUGGUGGUGGACCCAGCUGUCCGUCUCACUGCAGAGCAAGCUUUAGCACAUCCCUUCUUCAGACAGUACCAGAAGGAGGACGUGCGACUCUUCAGUCCCAGAAAGACAUUUAGGGUGCUGAUAGUCAGUGUGCUGGCCUGCAUCAGGAUGUACAGCCGUUACCGCAGGGCUCGGCCGCUGACUCGGGAGGUGCUGGCCAGAGAUCCUUACUCCCUCCGCGGUGUCCGCAAACUCAUCGAUGGCUGCGCAUUCCGCAUCUACGGGCACUGGGUGAAGAAAGGGGAGCAGCAGAACCGAGCCGCCCUCUUUCAGAACACAGCUAAGAUCAUGCUGCUGGGCCUGGAGGACUUCGAAACAUAAAAAGGUCAAACCUCAUUCCUAACCACGAUGAUUUGUAUUUAAACAUUUGCAUGUGCUGUCAUGGCAGUGUUUGUCUUUACGAAUUACCGUGUUUAAUUUUAAGAUGAGGAGUUCAGGGACCAGGAUGUUUGCAUUCCUUAAUGCACACCGUGGUUCUGCGAGUUAAAGAUAAGCACGCACAUCUUUUCUUAUCUGCCCUGUGAUCCAAGUUUGAGGCUGUUUGAAUCCCUUCUUGUCAGGUCAUCAUGUUUGCAGUGCCACUUUGCAGUAGAGGACAGAUUGCACAAUCGUUUGAUAUAACACAUCACAUACAUAUACAAUAUGUGUGUUUAGGACUUUACCUGUUGAUCGUCAGUUACAACUGAGGAGAGGAGUGUGUCGAAGCACUGCAGUGGACAUUAAAGCACUGUGAUUUACUAUUUAAUAGAUAAUAAUUAUAGACACAUAAUGCAACAAGGUUCAAAUGUACAGAUAUUCUAGUGCUACAAAGCAGUACCAGAAGACAUGUGAAACAUUCAAUUACAGUAUUUUUGGUCGAGUGUCCUGUAGCUGUCAUGCAUGCAGACAUUCCUCAAUAGGAAACCCAUUUUAGCUAACUGUGAAGACUGUGUGACUGUAUUUCUUGUUCAAUAACCAACAACAUUCCCUCCGUUUAUUCCUCCGUUUAAUAAGAGGCACUUUUCCUGAAUGUGCCUCCCUCAGAAAUGUACUGUAAUUGUACAAAUGCAGAUAUAUAUGUACUGUAUAUGAAGAACAAAGAAUUUAUUGACAAUAAAACUAAUGUUUGAGCUUGAAA